AUGCCAGACUUCAUGCACUCGAGCUCGACCGCCAAAAGUCUCCAAGACUUCGUCGAUCAGAAAAUCAUCGAUCUUGCGAAGAAAUCGAUUUUUGCUGCUAGAACUUCACUCAUAUCAGAAGCACGAAGAAAACAAUCAAAGACUGUUGAUGUAGCAAUAGAUGGGUGUUAUAAUGAUACUGAAAGAAUCGGCGUGCGUGAGGUCUUCGAACACACUCUUCUUCAAAUUCAUCAUGAACUUCCCGACGCAGUCAUCAAAAUCGCCUGUGACCAAGACGCGAAGAUUCGUGAUCCGAAGAAUACAAAUAUUUUCAUCGAUGAAGAGCGAAGUUAUCAACUCAUGAUUCCGAUGGACCACGUCGCCUUUGUUGACGAUCGAGCCCACAUCAGCAUAAAUGUCCAUGGAACUUUCCAGCGGCAUCUCAAGACUGGUUCAUCAGGAGGCGUCACAGUCGAUCCGAUGGGAUGCGAUUUCGAGCGGUUUGAGGGACUACUUUACUUUGGAAAAGACAUUCAGCUCGAGCACAGUAGUUCAUGGAUGGACGGAAGUGAAACUGUAUCGAAUUUCGUCAUGAGAGUAUAUCUUCAAAAAGACGAAGCGACCCCGUAA